AAUUAACUCAAACAAGGAAUACGGGGGGUGUAGUCCUAGUGGUAAUGAAAUACUACGUGAGAAAUAAAACGGGACAGCCACCUACGGCGUGACCACCGAAACAUUGUGGCCGCCAGCGUCAAAGGCACAGCUUUGUUCCCGAUUCUCAGAAUCCGAAUCGGAACGAAACAGCGUAUUAGAGGAAGGGAGCGACGGAGAGAGGACCCUUCUCUCGCCUUGUGCUCUGCUCUCGCCGGCGGGCUUGUUGUUGCGUCUUCUUCCGGAGCUCGAUUCCGCGGAACCGAUCGGAUCACUCCGGCGAGAUUUUUUGUCCCGGGAAGGAAAGAUACAGCCUUCCUUCUGUCUCCUUCUCCCGUACGGCUCUUUAGUGAUAGCCUCUGAUAUGAUUCCUCCGCAAUGUCCGGGUUCGCCUGCGGCUAGUGUUUCUCAAGAGCAAACCGGAUACGUGUCUGGCGAUUGUUCCCCCUCCAAAGCUGCUCUUGCCGCUACUGGGAAUUUCUCCGUUUCUUCCUUGCAGAAUGAUACUGCUUCUGAAGCUCCGCGAGAUGGCUCUGAUAACAGUGAUGGAGGCAGUAAUGCCGUAAAAAAGCUGGCUUGGAACAAACCAAACGGUGUCAUGGAGGUUGGUCCUGUGAUGGGGGCCUGGUCUUGGCCUGCUCUCUCGGAGUCCACUAAGGCUUCACCGAAAUCUGCUCCUUAUGAUUCCCCCAGAACUCCCUCUGAUCGUCCAGCCGCUUUCUCUAAGGGCACCAGUGCUCCUACUACACCAUCUCCUAAGCAUCUUCAUGCAAAUAACACAACUUUAAAUUCAACCCCAAACCAUGUACCCUCUCGCCACAGAUCUAAUAAGCGUGCUGGAGGGAACUCAAGCAGUACUGCAUUGGCUAAUGGCAGUACAUCUCAGACGCAGCCACUACAUAAUUCAGUGGUGGAGAGCGCACCUGGAAAAUCCAAUGCGGAAUCACAUUCAAGAGAUAAUGCCCACAAAGAAGGUGGGCAGAUUGGAGGUUUUGGGUCUCAAUCACAUGGUGGGAAUGACCAACACUACGUGAGAGGUUCACCCAGGAAGGGUGGUAACAAUAGACCUCGUCCCCGAGGGGAUGGAACUUAUCAUCAAGAACGUGGAAAUCAGGAUUGGAAUCAUAAUAGAAGUUAUGCAAACAGAGAUGCUCACUUGCAGCCGCUAAGGGUGCCUUCAAUGCCCUUCCUACAUGGUCCACCUCCUCCCUCCCCUCCUUUUAUUUCUCCUCUAAUGCCUAUGCGUCCCAUGGGCUCUCACAUGAUGUAUCCAGAAGUUCCUCCUCCGAUGUAUUAUGUACCAGGGCCACAACCAGAUCCGUUGGCAAUGCCCAUGCUGCCAUCUCCGCCACCUGGUGUCCCAAUGUUCUAUCCUGUUCUAGAUCCCAUAUUGGUUUCUAAAAUUGUAAACCAGAUAGAUUAUUACUUCAGUAGUGAGAAUUUAAUUAAAGAUAUGUAUUUGCGAAAGGAAAUGGAUAAGCAAGGAUGGGUUCCGGUUAAAUUAAUAGCGAGCUUCAAAAAAGUUGCUGAGCUGACAGACGAUAUACAGCUUAUUGUGAAUGCUUUAAGAACUUCAAGUGUUGUAGAAGUACAGGUAUUUUGGUUUCCUGUUUGGAUGUUUUAAUUUCUGAAUAAUCAGUUGCAAUUUCAAUUAUAAAAUAUUUUGGCAAUGACAUGAAGUAGCUACUCCCUUCUGUCAUUAUAAGAGGAUCAAUUGACCAAGAUAUACAAACCAAGGAAAGCAGUUAAUAUUCUUGAUAUUUUUAAAGUUUACGAUUUUCUAGUUUACCCUCUUUAUUAUGUCUCAUGCAUGAGUACUUUUAACAAAUAAACAUGAUAUAUUCAUAUAUAUAAGGGACAACCAUGAAAAAAACAAUAAAUACGUUAAGAAAAUAUAAUUGCCCUAUUAAAAGGACCUUUGAUGAGAGUUUUUGAUAUUCCAUAGUUUGAUACUUCGAGUAACAUGGAAAAUGACUUGAUAUGUAUGUGUAUCAUACACUUUGCUAUGCAACUUCUGAAGGCAUGGAGCAGAACACUACCUGAAGAACAGUGAUUAUUUUGAAAUCCGUCCAUGUGAUAAAUAAGACAAUAUUCAUUUUAUUCUUUAGAUUAAAAGAUGCACACACACACACACAUACAUAUAUAAUUAUAUAUCCAUCUUGUAAACUAUGGCUUGAACUAUUAUAUAGAUGUAGUUGGGUACAUUUGGGAUUCACUCCCAAGUCCCAAGUGCUACUUUUACCUAAGUUUAAAUGUAGGGUAAGGGUGAAUGGACACUAGGCCGGACCAUGAUCUAAUGUUUCGACUUUAUUAAAUGGAGGCCUGAACUGGUGGUCUUAGAAAUCGAAUUGGGACAUCCUUUGAAAUAGUGUAACUCACAAUUUAAACAGAACCAGACCAGAACUGGGACCUACUUACCUGUGAUUCUAGUUAACUUUCUUAUUUUUCUAGGAUGGACCAGACUGGAACCGUGUCAUCACCUAAUAUCUUAGGCCAGUAUUUUUAGAACAUGUAGUAAACAAUGGAUGUUUUUUUGUUGGUGCAUACAUUGAAGGCAUGCCUUUUCAUUACGCAGGAUGGGAAAUUAAGGGCGCGGAAUGACUGGGCGAAAUGGAUCUUGCCACCAACCAUUCACUACUCUUCUCUUUCAAGUCCACGUUCGGAUGUGCUUAAGCAACAGCUCAGAGUGUGAGUGCUGUUACACUGGAUGAACAUCAACCACAACGACAAUCUAAUGCUGAACCAUUUCUCAGUAGGUCAUCAAUCACCGCUCAGGGAAUAUCAGCUAGCAGCUCAAGCAAUUGAAGGCGGCACUUUUUUGUUGGUGGGGGUUGGAAGAACAACACAAAAUGCAAUCUUGAUGACAGGCGACAGCACUGUCUGUGACAUGGAAGCCAUGCACUUAAACUUUAAAGAGACGUUUUAAAAAUAAAAGAGAAGAGAGGAGAGAAAUCAGUUUACUAGAAAAAAUAAAAGAAGCGCAGAAGGUAAGAGAUUUAAAACGAGUUUGAAGCUGGUUUGGCUUGUUGGAAUGUUACUUUCGUUUUGUUUGACGUGGACGAUAUAACUCUCAUCCUCUAUUUACAAUUAUCCAACGUUGUGUAUUGGUUCUACUCUCCCAUGUGAGAUCCAAUAGAUGUUCUAUAUUUUUGUGAUUUAGUAGGAUUUAUAAAAUAAUAUAUGCUCCGUAUAUUGAUUGUUUUUCGGCCGGAUCUAUUUCGAUUUUAGCCAUUAUAUUAUUAUCAUAUCACUUCAAUUGUUCCA